GGCUAAUUCUCCAACUAACCAAAAGGUCCCCCUAACAAUCUUCUUCCCUCGCAAAACCCUCUCUGCUCUGUCUGAUCCCCAUUUCCUUCGCUAGCAAACAAAAUGGCUUCUCAUCAUCCUCACCACUAUCACCACUUCCAAAACCCUGUUCCUACCGCCCCCAUAACCGCCACCACUCUUAACUGCUGCUGCAGCUGCAGCUGCCAUUACAACCAUUGCUGCACCCAACCUCACUAUCACUCUUCACCACCACCACAACAGUUGUCCAUUGACCCACUUGUUCAAGCUCUUGCUUCUCUCCUUCACCAGCAGCAACAACUGCCAAAUCUCUACCCUUCUUACCCUAACAAAACUCACACCCACAAAAAUCAUUGCCAAAACUUACAUUGUCAGCCACAAAAUCUACAUUUUCAACAGCUAAGUGACGACCAGAAAACACAAUCUGUUCUUUCCUCUCUUCUUCAACGAAUCAACACUCUCGAAUCCUCUCUUCACCAUUUUUCUAAUUCUUCUGCUUCGAUUAAUUGUUGCCAUCCUUCCUAUUCUCUUAGAGAUGCAGCUGCCCGUGUUAUUCAAACCCAUUUUCGUGUCUUUCUUGUUCGUAGAUCAAAAACCCUAAAUCAGCUCCAAGACCUUGCUUUUAUCAAAUCCAGCUUCAGUUCUCUUAAAUCCUCUAUUUCGAAUAGAACCCGUUUGAAUUGUGAGGUUCUUUCUCAUAAAGCCAUGGACUUGCUGCUUAAACUUGACUCUAUUCAGGGUGGUGAUCCUAUGAUUAGAGAUGGAAAAAGGUCAAUUAGCAGAGAUAUAACUAGAUUUUUGGAGUUCAUUGAUGGGCUUGCAGCUAAAAGCCAUGUAAAUUCUCGUAAGCCUGCAAAAAAUGUGAGAUUUGUUAGGAAUAGCAAUAAAUCGAGGGCUUGUAAUGCCAGUAUUGGAUAUGGAGAUAUUAGUGGACAUCGAAAGGAAGUAGUGGAGAAAUUGAGUGAUAGAGUUGACAAAAUUCAUGGGUUUUCUAGGGUUUGUGAUAAUGUUGAGGAAGAUGUGGAGCUUGAAGGGUUUCAGCAAUUCAUUGGUGAUGAUGAUGAGGAGGAGGAGCAUGAAAAUCCUGAGGUUUCCAUUAGUGAAAGGCCUAGAAUUUCCAAACUCAGAAGUGGGAUUUUGAUCAAAAGCAAUGGUGAUAAACCUAGAGUGAAGAAAACUGUCAGUUUUGAUGAGAAUGGGAAUGUGUAUAAGGUUUUCAGCGACACUCAUGAGUCAGUUGUAAGUGGAGAUGGGAGUGAUUCCAGUGACGAUCAUGGAGAGACUGCUGAUUGUAUUGAAAUUGAAGAAGGAAAGGGGCUCUCUAAUGGUGGUGAUAGUGAGACUCAUGGUAAUGUUGUAUCUACACAGAGCAGUGAAGGUGAGAGGAAUACCACGAGGAAUUCUCGUAACAGUGAUGAUUAUGAAAUGAAUGUGUAUUGUCAUGAUCAAGAUGGGAACUUAGUUUUCUCUGCACCAGUGCCUGUGAAGAUGGAAUCAAGAGCCGAUUUGACGAAGAAUAUGAAGGCUGUGAAAAUUGUUAAAUAGGAGGACUAUUUCUUGGGUUUGGAUUAGGAAAACCUUAAAAAAAAAAUUGUUGAUUAGUGUUGUUAUUCCAUUGUUUCAACCUGAUUGUCAAUUGCUGGUGGAGAUUAAUGCGUUCUCCAGCGUUUAGGAUUUAAGAUUUAGGUGGGAGCCAUUUUUUCAAUGGGUAAUCGAGUUGAUUGCAGGCUUUGUUGGAUUUAUGUGGGAUUUUCUGAUUGUAAUUUGCUACCUUUCCAAAAAAAAAAAAUUUUUUUUUUGACGUUUAUUAAAUGAUGAUAGCUCUUGUUACUGUCA